CUCCCAACCACCUCCGUACUCGCAACCGUAACCUCGUCAUGAAAACGAGACAAUCCCAUGACUCUUCCUUAAAACGUGGCGCUCGUGAGAAUGGUUGAACACGACCCCGGUUGAUAAGGACCCUGAAUACGAGAAGACAAGUCUUGGCUCGACGGAUUGGGAUAGCGAACCUGCAUCGCUCGGCACGCCACUGCACACCCAACCCACGCUAUUAGGUAUAUGCAACCGACCCGAUACCUUGCAGUCCGACCUUGAACGAUGGAGGGGGCACGCGUGCCGAAUAGAUAUAAGUUGAGGAUUGUGCCCGCCUUUGACUGCCGAUGUGCUACUCCCCUCGCCCUUUCGGUACUCUAUACGUCCAGACAGUCGUCUCAAAUCAGUCACUCGUUCAACUUUCACUGAACAGAAUCAUGAAGCACUUUCUCAUGUUUGCUGCCAUAGGCGUGACAGGGCUAUCCCAGGCUCUCUCCCCGCCCCUGAUCACCGCUUCUAUCCCUCUCCCAUCCGACAUCACCUACUCCCACACGCAGACUGGAUGUCCAACUGUUACUCAGACACGGGAACUUUGCGCCAGCUGCCCUAUUCCAGCUUGUCUUGUGCUUGGAACCAUUACGCAGUCCUGCAAUUGCCCUACCCCUAUCCCUACAGUCUAUCUUGACUACCCAUGCUCGGAAAGUUGCAGCGGAAUCUGGUGCGCGACCAGCUGGGCUAUUGUUCAGGAGUCAGGUUGCACAUCUACGGACUCAACAUCUCCGUCUUCCACUGCCACCAUCACCAGCAAGACCAAGCCGUGGCACAACGGCACCUACACUGGUCAUAGCACCAAGACCAAGACGACGACCAUCACUGAGACCGAAACAGAUGAGUGCGAGCCAACACUCACCAAGACCACCACAGUGACCAUCAGCUCCGAGCCGCCCGUGCUACCGACUUUAGAGACCUCGACGAAUCUCCCUGAUGUCGAAACCUCCAUCACAAUCGCACCUAAUGUCACCAUUACCUCGAGAGGCCCAGGAGGUGGCGGGGCAGUGAGCUCCACGAGCGUGGUCGAGGCGGCUGCUGGAAAGAUGCGCAUACUUGGAUUGUGGUGA